UUAUUGAACGUACUCUUUAGUAUUUCGUUUUGUCAACAUUGACAUAAAAAUGGAGUCAAUAGAUUUACUUUUAAAAGCUUUGGAAACGACUGGAAAUGAUGAAACGAUUCAAGAAAAACUCAACGAAAUUAAGAAACAUUUAAUACAUUGUGCUGAAAGUUCAAAGAAUGUUCUUAAUUCAAAAGAGUUCUUAAGGAAUGCUAAUUCAGAAGUUGCUUAUGACAUUCUAGAAAUGUGCAUGACAAAUCUUAAAAUCAACGAUGAACCGGAUUUGUUUGACAUAACUGAAAUGAUCCUGAAACAUCCAAACGCUAAAGUCAAGACAGUCGCUGUAAGAUUUGUUGAGAAGAACCUUCAGCAUUCAACAGCUUUACAUAAACUCCAAACUAUUAUGAUGUUUAUUGAAUGUCUUAAAUCAAAUGAGACAAGCAUAGGAAUUCCAUCGAUUCAAAUUCUCAUUGAAUUAUUAAAGUUACAAAAUUUCAUUGAUGAUCCAGCUGUGAAGAAACAACUUUUGUCGACAAUCGAAAAUGAAGACGAUGUAAUUGCACUUAGAGUUUAUAGCGUAGCAGUUGGAGUUGCAAAAGGAGGAUCUAAAGAAUUAGAAAAGAUGGAAUAUUUACUUGAAAAGUGCAUAAAUGAAAUGAAUAAGGAAGACGUUUUGGUUUUAAUGAAUGUUUUGGAGAUUUUAAAAGAAUUAUGUCUAACCAGUUUUGGACUUGUCUAUCUCGAAAACAAAGGAGUGUUUGACAACCUUGUUAAGCGUAUCGAUAGAAUAAAUGAGGAUCCACUGGUAAGCAUUCUCGUGCCUGGUCUUAUGAAAUUUUUCGGCAACGUCGCUGCUGUUUUCCCUGAAAAGAUUUUCAACGCUUACCCAGCUCUCAUCAACACACUUUACAAUUGUCUUUUGGGUGAUGACUUCCAACUACUUUAUACAGCUCUCGACACUUUGGGACAUCUCACAAGACAUGAAUAUGGCAAAAUCACUCUCGAUUCUCUUAACACUGAACAAUGUGUUAAAGUUUUAGUUCACGUUUCGAAAACAAUUCCAAAUUAUCCAACAGACUUGAAAGUGCGAGCAAUCAAUUGCUUUGAAAAUGUCUUCUGGAUUGAUCCUAUGUCAUCACGUAACAAUCAAGUCAAUUACAUUUGUCAAAAAUGGUUCAGUUCCAUCUUUGGAUCGGAUCUUAUGGUUGUCAUUAAUUUCUGUAAGAACGCUUUUGAAGAUAUUUCCACGAGUGCUUUUAAACUUCUUCGUUCACUGAUUUAUCAUGACUUUGGACAACGAGCGGUUGCAGCGACGGGCGGUUUUGUGGAAUAUUUAUUAGAUCGAAAUUCCAACAUCACACUAGAAGUGAAGCAAAUUAAAUAUGAAAUCAUCGAAGUUCUUGCUGAAUCCAAUGCUUUCGAAGCCGCAGUGACAUUACAAUUACAAAAAUAUGUCCGUGAAGGUUUCAAUUACGUUCAAGGUGUCACUGAAAUUGCUUUUGAAUCCACUUAAGCAAACAUGAAAUAAAAUGAAAUUGUUUUUGAAUA